UGGUUUUGAUUAUAGUCACGAGGAGUAACGCAAGUCGCACAUUACGUUGUUCUAUGCACAAGCUGUUAAUGUUGUUUAUUGCCCAGUGCCCAGAACUACUCUUAUUACUGGUCUAAUUUUUAAAUGUAAAUGAGAUAAAAUUCAUUAAAAUGAAAAUUGAAGAAGUCAAAAGUACUGUCAAAACACAACGUAUAUCUAGCCAUAGUCAUGUCAAAGGUCUAGGGCUCGAUGAAUUUGGUGAAGCGAUUAAAAUGGCAUCAGGCUUGGUCGGUCAAGAAGAUGCAAGACAGGCAGCUGGAAUUGUUGUUGAUAUGAUAAAAACUAGGAAGAUGUCUGGACGGGCCGUAUUAAUAGCUGGACCACCAGGGACUGGCAAGACUGCUAUAGCUCUUGCCAUUGCUCACGAACUUGGAAACAAAGUUCCAUUUUGUCCAAUGGUUGGAUCUGAAGUAUAUAGUUCAGAAAUAAAAAAAACUGAAGUGUUAAUGGAAAAUUUCCGUCGAGCAAUCGGGCUUCGUAUUAAAGAGACUAAAGAAGUUUAUGAAGGCGAGGUUACUGAAAUGACGCCAGUUGAAACAGAUUCGACUGCUGGAGGUUAUUCUAAAACAGUUUCACAUGUAAUUGUUGGACUUAAGACAGCCAAAGGAACCAAACAAUUAAAGCUUGAUCCAACAAUUUAUGAAUCUUUGCAAAAGGAAAAAGUUGAAACUGGCGAUGUUAUUUACAUUGAAGCUAAUAGUGGAGCUGUUAAACGUCAAGGCAGAAGCGAUAGUUAUGCUACAGAAUACGAUUUAGAGGCUGAAGAGUAUGUGCCACUCCCUAAAGGUGAAGUUCACAAAAAAAAAGAAGUUAUCCAAGAUGUUACGUUGCAUGACUUGGAUGUUGCUAAUGCACAGCCAAAAGGUGGACAAGAUAUACUCUCUAUGAUGGGUCAACUUAUGAAGUCUAAAAAAACUGAGAUUACAGAUAAAUUAAGAAAAGAAAUUAAUAAAGUAGUUAAUAAAUACAUUGAUCAGGGUAUUGCCGAGUUGGUUCCUGGUGUAUUAUUUAUUGAUGAAGUACACAUGUUAGAUUUGGAAACAUUCACAUAUUUACACAAAGCUUUGGAGAGUACAAUAGCGCCAAUUGUCAUUUUUGCCACAAAUAGAGGUCAUUGUACAGUUAGAGGAACUGAAGAUAUAAUAGCUCCUCAUGGUAUUCCAAUGGACUUACUAGAUAGGUUAUUAAUAAUAAGGACACUUCCUUAUAAUAGAGAAGAAAUGGAAAGUAUACUUAAGCUAAGAGCUCAAACUGAAAGCCAUUCCAUUGAAAGUGAUGCAUUGCACUACCUCGCUGAAGUUGGCACAACUACAACUCUAAGAUAUGCCAUACAGCUGUUAACCCCUUCAUCACAAAAUGCUAAAUUGAAUGGGCAUAGUUCAAUAUUGCGUUCUGAUAUAGAAGAAACUACUUCGUUAUUUAUGCACGCAAAAGAAUCAUCAAAAAUACUUAAAAAACGUGCUGAUAAAUUUAUGAAAUAAUUGUCAAUCUAAUUUUUAUUAAUUUUUUUUUAUAGUACAUCUUGCAUAUUAUUUCUUUUAUAUUUUAACUAAUUAUUUGUGAAUACUCCACUUCAAAUAAUAAACAAAAAACCUGUAUGAUAUUGAA